AUGCCCCACCACGCCGUAAUACGCGAAGAUCGGGAGACUACAAAAGUGAGGAUUGUCUUUGACAUUAGCUCAAAGGGACCAGGAUCCCAAUCCUUAAACGAUCUCCUCGCCUCAGGACCCAACCUCAAUCCGGGCAUGUUGCGGCUUCUGCCCAGCUUCCGCUCUAAAAGGGUCGCCAUCGUUGCGGACAUAGAGAAGGCUUUCCUCCAGAUCUUCCUCGACAAUCAAGACCGGGAUUACCUUCGCUUCUUCUGGUAUAAGGUGGCACCUACAGUAGACGGAGAUCUCCCUCCUCUUGAAGUAUGGCGCAUGACAAGAGUGCCGUUCGGCGCCACAUGCAGCAGUUUCCUUCUGGCCGCCACAAUUCAACAUCACCUACAGUCUCUAGCCUUGGAAUACCCUUGGACAACCAGCAAGCUGAGAGAUAACUUCUAUGUCGAUGUUACUGGAGCAGAUGACUACCCUCAAACUCAGCAGUUGUUCAAAGAAACUAUUCAAAUUUUCGAUAAGGCAAGUCUACCAGUUCGCAAGUGGCUCACCAACGAACCUGCACUUCAGAAACAGUUCGAAGAGCAAGGUUUAAGCCGUGCUACGACACUUUCUGUUAACGUCUUAGGAGUUACUUGGCACACCACGACCGAUGACCUAUGCUGUGCUCUGUCUUCCGUAUCCGAGUUCCUGAAGUCUAGCCCGUGCACAAAGCGACAAGUCUUGCGCGCCGUCUCUCGCAUAUUUGACCCAUUUGGAUUCUUGGUACCAUCCACUAUACCUGCCAAGAUUCUUUUCCAGCGCCUAUGGUAG